GGUUGGUGAGAAAAGCAGCAAUGAAGUCAGAUAUAAAGCUGAUGUUUCUUGUGCUUGUCGGUGCCACUACGUUGCUGCUACUGCUGACUCCCGUUUCAACAGUUCAACCACCGGUCCCAUACUUUGAGCAAAGGCUCGGAAUUGGACCAUUGUCUUGGAGCGAAAUGGCGUACUUGCGGCGGCUCGUUCAGGAGGAAGAUGACGGUGGUACGGAAGUAACCACAGCAACUGCACCCGAACAGGAUGGUUCGGAUGCAUGGGACAAUUCGUGCGUUAGUGAGCCAGUUAAUGUUGGCGGUUACAGCCAGGAGGAGGAGCAGGAAGAGGUGAACGAAUCGGACGAAGCUCGUAUCCCGAAGGAUGUGUAA